UUUUGGGCAUGGAUAAGGUCCAAACCUAGUUUGCUUCCUACCUAGACUGCAUUUUGGGUAUGACAGGCAUCAUCCGAAGCUGCAUUUUGACUCCCAGCAAUGCUGCCCCGAUAGGCAGCUUACUAGGGUUUAAGACAGCACCUCUUGUUUGGGCGAGAAAGUGCAAAAGGGACCCAACCCCCCGUCCGACGUGUCUUGUGUCGUUGCCCUGCUGUAGUCGCAUGAGUUUACUGCAGACUGCGACGAUGGAGAACUACAAGCAGUUUCUCGUUGUCUUCACUCUGGCUCUGGCGCUCGGGUUUGUGGCGAUCGCGUUCGCUUUAACGUGGGUUUUACACUUCAGAGAGGGGCUCGCCUGGGACGGAGGAGCGGCUGAGUUUAACUGGCACCCGUUGUUGAUGGUGAUCGGCUUUAUUUUUCUUCAGGGAGUCGCAAUUGUAGUGUACAGGCUGCCAUGGACCUGGAGGUGCAGCAAGCAGAUGAUGAAGCUUAUCCACGCAGGGCUGAACGUUCUCGCCUUCAUCUUGGCUGUCAUUUCUGUGGUGGCUGUGUUUGAUUUCCACAAUGCAAAGAACAUUCCCAAUAUGUACAGCCUGCACAGCUGGAUUGGCCUGGCUACUGUCAUACUCUACCCAGCACAGAUAGUUAUGGGCAUUGCCGUCUAUCUGAUACCUGCAACUCCAGUGUACGUGCGUGCUGCUCUUAUGCCUGUACACAUCUACAGCGGCCUGUUCAUCUUCACCAGUGUUAUAGCCACAGCUCUCAUGGGCAUCACAGAGAAACUCAUAUUUGGCCUGAAGAGCCCUGCUUAUAAAGAAUCUCCACCGGAAGCUGUUUUGGUAAAUGUUCUUGGGCUGCUCAUUGCUGCAUUUGGUGGUCUUGUUCUCUGGAUUGCUACUCGCCCCUCUUGGAAGAGGCCGAGAGAAGAAAUCACACAAGGCGUGAGCAAUAACAGCUCAAGCCCAGAGGGCAUCAAAGUGGGCACUGCCAUGACCUCAAGAACCGAGCAGGAAUCCAGCCUCGAGACACGCAGACGCAACGGAAAAGCAGAAGAGUCUAGAAGAGUCUAAACAAAGAGUUUUGAAACAAGUUUGUGGAUUUUAGUUCAUUUAAUCUCAAAGAAAACAGAAGUGUCAUUCCAAACAUUUUUUAUUUUUAUUUUAAAAGUUAUUCAGAAAAAAAUUCUA